AUGGUAAAGCUACCAGGAAGAUUGGAUGGCAGUCAGAGGGCCCUGAACUUGAGGCUGGGAUCCUUGUGGGUAAAGCAGACAAGCAGUCAGGGGGAUGCAAAUGCAGCUGAACAUCAAGUCAAGGGAAAGAAGAAAGAAGGAGGCCAAAAGAGUGUGUUGGAUUCCCUGGGACAGGACUGGACAUUAGACAGUAGUCAACAACCAUGUGGGUGGAGAGAAUUGACCACCGGUGCUCCAGAUGAGGGCUCUUCACCACUGAGUCAUCUCUCCAGUCCCUCAGUCAGGUUCAAUGACGGAGUCUCAGGUAUAGCCAGCAGGGUAGCCUUAGCUAGCCCAGAGCUCAUUGGAGUAGGACAGAAAGAACUUGAAGAAGAAAUAAUUCUAACACUGGUCCCAGUCACGGAGGAUCUCACCUUAGAAGUCCCAACAGAAUCUUCAGCCACAGAGCUCAAGCCAGCAGUUUCACUGACGCCAGCUUCUUAUACCAACCCCUCGGUGUCCAAUCGAAAGCCCCACCCGCCCCUGCCAGCCAUCCUGCCGCCUAUUAACGAAGUGUCCCGGAACACACUUCGGGAAUGGUGCCGCUGUCACGAUUUGAGUACGGACGGCAAGAAAGUGGAAGUCUACAUGAGACUCCAGAAGUGUUCAUAUUCCCAUCAAAAAUGCCAUAUUCCCCAAACACCUCGUGAGGCCAGACUGAAGCCUGCUCCAAAAAAAACCCAAAACAGUCAUCGAAGAACCAGACCUCGAGGUGUGAAGAGGAAGAGAGAGGAGGGCGAGUCCAGCGUAGAAGUUCUGACUUCAGAAAUGGAGUCCGGCAUAGUAGAAGUUCUGACUUCAGAAAGGGAGUCCGUUUUUGCAGCCUGGGGAAGAAUUGCCAUGCGAACUUCUCAGCCUAGGGCUGUGAAUCGCCAGCCUCUUCCCUCUAAAGCCAAAGCAUUUCUGCCCCCAGUCACCGGAUACAGGUGGUGUGUCGUACACGGCAGACAACUUCCUGCAGAUAAGGAAGGCUGGGUUUGUCUGCAGAUGCACGCUGGUCAGACCUGGGUUCCAGACAGCCCCCAAAGAAUGAUACCUCUCUUUAUUUUACCAGCCUGUGUUUUCCCAUCCCCAGGCGUGGAAGACAAUUUGCUCUGUCCUGAAUGUGGCCACAGCAAUAGGAAGAUAAUGAGGAAUUUCGAAAGGGACAAACGCACUGAAAAGAAACACAAACUGCCACCUUAG